GAAAAAAAAAUUACACAGGAGCACUUCGCCGCGGUCACACCACCCUCUUCUUCUUCACUAGAGAGAGCAACGCCUCUCUUCUUGUUCCUCGGCCACCGAACACCUUCCUCCGCCUUCGGUUCUUGCUAACCUAAGCCUCCUACUUAUCUAACAGUGCGCGUCCUUCUUCUUACUUGAAUUAUCUUUGCUCUUUCGUUCCCCAGAUUUGGAGGAUUGUCUUGGCGACAAGGCUUGAUCAUCUGGGAGGUUCUGGCGUUGGAGUUUGGUUUGGUGCUCCUCAGAGACUUGUAUUCUUGUAGCAUUGAUGCAUAAAUUCUUUGAGCGCUUGAAAUCAUUCGUGCGUGCACGUCGUGGUAAUAAUAACAAUGAGGCGACUGCUAGUGACGGAGGCGGGAGUACUAAUGGUGUCCGUGGGAACGCUGGGAAUGAAGCUCGAGAUGGCUUAAUUUGGUCCCGAGAAUCAGGGAAGUAUGGCUACGGUGAAUUCUCCAUGGCGGUGGUUCAGGCCAACGUGAUUCUUGAAGACCAGUGCCAGCUUGAGGCUGGCCCGUUCGGCACCUUUGUCGGUAUAUACGAUGGCCAUGGAGGAUACGAUGCUUCUCGAUUCGUUUGCGAUAACAUAUUUCGGCAUUUUCAAGCAUUGGCAUCCCAGUCAAAUGGAGUAGUUACACCUGCGACCAUUGAAGCAGCAUUUCGCCUAACAGAACAUGAAUUCGCCGCGUUUGUAGCACGUUCGUGGCACAAUGAUCGACCUGCUAUGGCUACUGUUGGAACUUGCUGCUUAGUUGGCGUGAUUUUCGAGCAGACCAUAUUUGUGGCAAACCUUGGAGAUUCCCGUGCUGUGUUGGGCACAAGAGUUCGAGGUACUGGAAAUUAUGGAGCUGUUCAGCUAUCAACCGAACACAAUGUAAGUAAUGACGAUGUUAGACGGGAAAUUGAACACUUGCACCCGAGUGAUCCCCAAGUUGUUCAAAUGAAGCGUGGAGCGUGGAGAGUAAAAGGUAUCAUUCAGGUUUGUAGAUCUAUUGGUGACAUGUUUCUGAAAGAUUCUGAUUUUAACAAGUCACCGAUUGCUACAAGAUUCAGAAUUCCGGAACCAAUGGACAUGCCUUACUUGACUGCUAAUCCAGAUAUUGUGACUCGUCCCAUCAGUCCAGAUGAUGUCUUCCUGAUAUUUGCAUCAGAUGGUUUAUGGGAGUUCCUGAGUAAUGAACAAGCAGUUGAGAUUGUCCGAACCAAUUCACGUUCGGGUAUCGCCAAGAAACUUAUCAAGGCUGCCCUCACCGAAGCAGCAUCGAGAAGAGGAGGGAGACUCUUGGAUCUGUACAAGCUUCAGGGUGUUCGGCGCCAAGUUCAUGAUGACAUUUCUGUGAUUGUUUUAUUCUUUAACCACAGCCUAAUAUCCAGAGCCACCACUGUUGAUCCUCCACUUUCUGUUCGAGGUCCUUUCAAUUACUGACAAUUCCUUUCUCUGUAGGCUGAUGCCAAAACUAGGUUUCUAUUACUGAUUUCUGCUAUGAUAUAUGCGUAAAGACCCAUUCUUUCAUGAUUUCUUACCACUCGUUAUUCAAUUCUUUGCCAUGGAGAAUAAAUCUAAUGGCAUUUCUUGAUUGUUUCUA